CUCUGGGAUAGGUAAUGGUCCCUGGAAACCUGCCCGGGGCCAUCCUGGCGUGCAUGUGAGUCUUCCUGGAGGAGCGCCCCCCCCACUUUCUCUCUCUGCCCGAGGCUAGUCAGCCCCUGAGGUGCUGUGCAAAGAUGGCUUGGGCUCUGAAGCUGCCCCUCGCGGACGAAGUUAUCGAGUCCGGCCUGGUUCAGGACUUCGAUGCCAGCCUCUCCGGUAUUGGGCAGGAGCUGGGCGCUGGUGCCUACAGCAUGAGUGAUGUCCUUGCCCUGCCCAUCUUUAAGCAAGAAGAAUCCAGCUUGCCUCCUGACAAUGAGAACAAAAUCCUACCUUUUCAGUAUGUGUUAUGUGCUGCCACUUCCCCUGCUGUGAAACUCCAUGAUGAAACCCUCACCUAUCUCAAUCAAGGUCAGUCCUAUGAAAUCAGAAUGCUGGACAACAGGAAAAUGGGGGAAUUGCCUGAGUUAAAUGGAAAGCUUGUAAAGAGUAUAUUCAGAGUGGUGUUCCAUGAUCGGCGACUUCAGUAUACAGAGCAUCAGCAGCUGGAAGGCUGGCGAUGGAACAGGCCAGGUGAUAGGAUACUGGAUAUUGAUAUUCCAAUGUCCGUGGGUAUAAUCGAUCCCAGGGCAAACCCCACACAAUUGAAUACUGUAGAGUUUCUGUGGGAUCCUUCAAAGAGGACUUCCGUAUUUAUUCAGGUGCACUGCAUCAGUACAGAGUUCACUAUGAGGAAGCAUGGUGGGGAGAAGGGUGUGCCAUUCCGAGUCCAGAUAGACACUUUUAAGGAGAAUGAGAAUGGGGAAUACACUGAACACUUGCAUUCUGCCAGCUGCCAGAUCAAAGUCUUCAAGCCCAAAGGAGCCGACAGAAAGCAAAAGACAGACAGAGAGAAAAUGGAGAAGCGAACACCCCAUGAGAAGGAAAAGUAUCAGCCUUCAUAUGAGACAACAAUACUUACAGAGUGUUCUCCAUGGCCUGAGAUCACAUAUGUCAAUAAUGUGCCAUCCCCAGGCUUCAGCAGCUCCCACAGCAGUUUCUCCAUUAGUGAAGGAAACGGGUCUCCAAAUCACCAGCCUGAACCUCCUGCUCCCAUUACAGAUAACCUCCUGCAGACAUCCACACCUCAGGAAGCUCAACAGUGGCUGAUCCGGAACCGCUUCUCAACUUUCACACGGCUUUUCACCAACUUCUCAGGGGCAGAUUUAUUGAAAUUAACCAGGGAAGAUGUCAUCCAGAUAUGUGGACCUGCAGAUGGCAUCAGACUUUUCAAUGCUUUGAAGGGACGGAUGGUACGGCCAAGGCUGACCAUCUACGUCUGCCAGGAGUCGCAGCAACUGAGGGAGCAGCAGAAGCAUGAAGAUGGGGAUGCAGCCAACAAUACUUUCUAUGUGUACCAUGCCAUCUACUUGGAAGAAUUGACAGCUGUGGAACUGACAGAGAAAAUUGCCCAGCUCUUCAGCAUUUCCUCUCAACAGAUCAGCCAGAUCUACAAGCAGGGUCCCACAGGGAUACACGUGCUCAUCAGUGAUGAGAUGAUACAGAACUUUCAGGAUGAAUCAUGUUUUGUCUUGGAUACAAUGAAAGCUGAAACCAAUGAUAGUUAUCACAUCAUCUUAAAAUAGAGGGACUUGGACUUGUUGCACCUUCUCUCAUGCACACAGCUUCAUUUGCCGGUUUGGCACCUGGACACACUGACAGAAAUCCACAAGAGCAACAGAAACUCAUCUUGCUUCCACAGCAUGUUGCCUUCUGUUAGGUGAACCACCUGUACCAUUGCUGGCAUGCUGUAGGCACCAGUUUGAAAGCACGGGGCUGCUUCUUUCGGAGUUCCAGUGCCAUGGCUGCACCCACUGCCUUUUGAAACAGCCAGACUGGCCAGUGAUGGAUUUGCAAUUAUGUAUAUUGGGGGUGGGGUGGGCAACCGCAACAUUUUUGAGAUGCGACAGCUUGGCCGGUUGUGAUUGAUGCUCUGGGAAUCCCCGGACAAAUGAGCAUCUAUUCUGAGGGUCCUCUUGCAUAACCUGCCUCAGCUAUUCAGGCCUCCCAGAGGCGUAUUUGGCUGAUAGAGCCAAGGACACUUUCAGGUUUGCUGGCCGGUUGGGUAGGGACUUUUGUUCCGAUUCUGACACUCGGACCAUGUUACAAGUAGAGGGUUUGUGGGCGUGCAGCUGUCCAUGUGUGAGUGAUACGUGGCUGUCUUCUCUGCCAGUGUAAGUUAGUAAUAACGCCUAUCUUGUGAGAUCCAUAGGGUUGCCUAUGGCUUUUGCUAUACACUGCAACUGAAGAGACUUCAAAUGCAGAAGAAGGAAUUACUAUCUUGAGCUGUUAAGGAACACAACGAACUGAGACAGAGGCAAAAAGAUUGUGUUUUUU